AUGCUUGGCUUUGAAUGUCUUUUCGCAUACGAUGUAGAGCGUUAUUUCGAAAUCCAUUCUGGAGUUCAACAUUCAUGUUGGCAACGUGAGCAGCUUCAUCGAGCAUCCAAUGCUUUAUUUCUGUACGCUGCGCCGCUCGCUCGCGCAGGUACAACAGACUGUCGAGCUCGGCUCGUCGAUGCGGUCAUUCCCAUCGAAGAAGACGCCAUUGUUCGCUGCAACGUCCUGGAAGUCUUCAGGGAUGCUAUUGGCUUCCGGAACUGGCGCUGCGUAGCUGGACAAGGUGAUGUUGAGGCUAUGUUUAUGGUCUUCUACCUUGGUCAUUUGAGAGCAGAAAAAUGA